AACGAGCUCAUUCAGCGGUCGGGAGCUGCCGGCGAGGGGGAGCGGCAGGACGGAGAGCGCGACCCGUCCCGGGGGUGGGGCCGGGCGAAGUGGCGAGAGGAGGCGAAGGUGGCCGCGGCCGCAGCAGCACGGCAGGCAGCCUCGGACCCGGCCCGGAGCUCCAGGCGGCCGCUGCAGGUCCCUGCUCCCCUCUCCGUGCGCCCGCCCAUGGCGGCCGCGGGGCAGCUGUGCCUGCUGUACCUGUCGGCGGGGCUCCUGCCCCGGCUCGGAGCAGCCUUUAAUUUGGACACCCGCGAGGACAAUGUGAUCCGGAAAUCUGGGGAUCCCGGGAGCCUCUUCGGCUUCUCGCUGGCCAUGCACUGGCAGCUACAGCCAGAGGACAAGCGGCUGUUGCUGGUGGGAGCACCUCGGGCAGAAGCCCUUCCACUGCAGAGGGCCAACAGGACAGGAGGCCUGUACAGCUGUGACAUCACCUCCCGAGGACCUUGCACGCGGAUUGAAUUUGAUAAUGAUGCUGACCCUACCUCAGAAAGCAAGGAAGAUCAGUGGAUGGGUGUCACUGUCCAGAGUCAAGGUCCAGGGGGCAAAGUGGUGACAUGUGCUCAUCGAUAUGAAAAAAGGCAACAUGUUAACACAAAGCAGGAGUCUCGAGACAUCUUUGGGAGGUGUUAUGUCCUGAGUCAGAAUCUUAAGAUUGAAGAUGAUAUGGAUGGAGGAGACUGGAGUUUUUGUGAUGGCCGGUUAAGAGGCCAUGAAAAAUUUGGUUCUUGCCAGCAAGGUGUAGCAGCUACUUUUACUAAAGACUUUCAUUACAUUGUGUUUGGAGCCCCGGGUACUUAUAACUGGAAAGGGAUUGUUCGAGUAGAGCAAAAGAAUAAUACUUUUUUUGACAUGAACAUCUUUGAAGAUGGGCCUUAUGAAGUUGGUGGAGAGACUGACCAUGAUGAAAGUCUCGUUCCUGUUCCUGCUAACAGUUAUUUAGGCUUUUCUUUGGACUCGGGGAAAGGUAUUGUUUCUAAAGAUGAGAUCACUUUUGUAUCUGGUGCUCCAAGAGCCAAUCACAGUGGAGCUGUGGUUUUGCUAAAAAGAGACAUGAAGUCUGCACAUCUUCUCCCUGAGCAUAUAUUUGAUGGGGAAGGUCUGGCUUCUUCAUUUGGCUAUGAUGUGGCAGUGGUGGACCUCAACAAAGAUGGGUGGCAGGAUAUAGUAAUUGGAGCCCCACAGUAUUUUGACAGAGAUGGAGAAGUUGGAGGUGCAGUGUAUGUCUACAUUAACCAACAAGGCAGAUGGAAUAAUGUCAAGCCAAUUCGUCUUAAUGGAACCAAAGAUUCUAUGUUUGGCAUUGCAGUAAAAAAUAUUGGAGAUAUUAAUCAAGAUGGCUAUCCAGAUAUUGCAGUGGGAGCUCCCUAUGAUGAUUUGGGGAAGGUUUUUAUCUAUCAUGGAUCCGCAAAUGGAAUAAAUACCAAACCAACCCAGGUUCUUGAGGGUACAACACCUUAUUUUGGAUAUUCAAUUGCUGGAAAUAUGGACCUUGAUAGAAAUUCCUAUCCUGAUGUUGCUGUUGGUUCCCUCUCAGAUUCAGUAGCUAUUUUCAGGUCCCGGCCUGUGAUUAACAUAGAGAAAACCAUCACAGUAACUCCUAACAGAAUUGAUCUCCGCCAGAAAACAGUGUGUGGGGCGCCAAGCGGGAUAUGCCUCAAGGUUAAAGCCUGUUUUGAAUAUACUGCCAAACCUGCUGGUUAUAAUCCUUCAAUAUCCAUUGUGGGCACGCUGGAAGCUGAAAAAGAAAGAAGAAAAUCUGGGCUGUCUUCAAGAGUUCAGUUUCGAAACCAAGCUACUGAACCCAAGUACACUCAAGAACUGACUUUGAACAGGCAGAAGCAGCGGGUGUGCAUGGAGGAAACCCUCUGGCUGCAGGAAAACAUCAGAGACAAACUGCGUCCCAUCCCCAUAACUGCUUCUGUGGAGAUCCAGGAACCCAGCUCUCGAAGGCGAGUGAAUUCACUUCCAGAAGUUCUUCCAAUUCUGAAUUCAAACGAACCCAAGACAGCCCACACAGAUGUGCACUUCCUAAAAGAGGGAUGUGGAGAUGACAAUGUAUGUAAUAGCAACCUUAAACUGGAAUAUAAAUUUUGUACCCGAGAAGGAAAUCAAGACAAAUUUUCGUAUCUCCCAAUUCAGAAAGGCAUACCAGAACUAGUUCUAAAAGAUCAGAAGGAUAUUGCUUUGGAAAUAACAGUGACAAACAGUCCUUCCAACCCAAGAGAUCCCACAAAAGAUGGUGAUGAUGCCCACGAAGCCAAACUCAUUGCAACGUUUCCAGACACUUUGACCUAUUCUGCUUAUAGAGAACUGAGGGCUUUCCCUGAAAAACAGUUGAGUUGUGUUGCCAACCAGAAUGGCUCACAGGCCGACUGUGAGCUGGGAAAUCCUUUUAAAAGAAAUUCCAGUGUAACUUUUUACUUGAUUUUAAGUACAACUGAGGUCACCUUCGACACCACAGAUCUGGACAUUAACCUGCAGUUGGAGACAACAAGCAAUCAAGAUAAUUUGGCUUCAAUUACAGCUAAAGCAAAAGUGGUUAUUGAACUGCUUUUAUCGGUCUCUGGAGUUGCUAAACCUUCCCAGGUGUAUUUUGGAGGUACAGUUGUCGGUGAGCAAGCUAUGAAAUCUGAAGAUGAAGUGGGAAGUUUGAUAGAAUAUGAAUUCAGGGUGAUUAACUUAGGAAAACCUCUUAAAAACCUUGGCACAGCAACCUUGAAUAUUCAGUGGCCGAAAGAAAUUAGCAAUGGCAAAUGGUUGCUUUAUUUGGUGAAAGUAGAAUCCAAAGGAUUGGAAAAGAUAGUUUGUGAGCCACAAAGUGAAAUAAACCUCCUGAACCUAAAGGAGUCUCACAACUCAAGAAAAAAACGGGAAAUUGCUGAAAAACAGAUUGAUGAUAGCAGAAAAUUUUCUUUAUUUGCUGAAAGAAAAUACCAGACCCUGAACUGCAGCGUAAAUGUGAGGUGCGUGAACAUCAGGUGCCCACUGCGUGGGCUGGACAGCAAAGCCUCUCUUAUUUUGCGCUCAAGGUUAUGGAACAGCACGUUUCUAGAGGAAUAUGCCAAACUGAACUACUUGGACAUUCUCGUGCGGGCUUCUAUUGAUGUGACUGAUGCCGCUGAGAAUAUCAAGCUGCCACACGCAGGCACACAGGUUCGUGUAACUGUGUUUCCCUCAAAAACUGCAGCUCAGUACUCGGGAGUACCUUGGUGGAUUAUUCUUGUGGCUAUUCUUGCUGGGAUUUUGAUGCUUGCUCUAUUAGUGUUUUUACUAUGGAAGUGUGGAUUCUUUAAGCGCUCUAGGUACGAUGAUAGCGUUCCCCGAUACCAUGCUGUAAGGAUCCGUAAAGAAGAGCGAGAGAUCAAAGAUGAAAAAUACAAUGAUAAUCUUGAAAAAAAACAGUGGGUCACAAAGUGGAAUGAAAAUGAAAGUUAUUCCUAGGGGGCCAGAAAAGCUUCACAGUACCCAAAAUGCUUUUUUUUUUUUUUUUUUUUUUCCUUUCUCCAACUCAAAUACAAAUGGAUUUAAGAGCCUGUUCAAUACCUGAGGAUUAAUUUCAGGCUGACUUACACACAGUACGAACCUACAGUUUUAACUGUGGAUAUUGUUACACAGCCUAAGGCUUCUGUUUUGCACAGCCAAAUUUAAGACUGUUGGAAUGGAUCUUUCUUUAACUGCCUUAAUUUAACUUUCUGGGUUGCCUUUGUUUUUGGUGUGACUGACUGACACGCACUGGGGAAGGGCUUGCCCAGGUGCAUUCGGGCAACAUCCUCCUGGUAAUGUAGCACCCACGAUCACCUGCGCUAACAGAAUGGCCGUCCUAGCCUGCUGCUGUAAGCAUCCUUCCUGUAGGAUCGGAGAACCUGCAAGUUAAGUGUCCUGCAGCACAAGACUCUGCCAAGAGGGCAGCUGUGUCUCAGUUUAAAGUGCUGUCUAAAAUUAAAUGUGCAAUAGAAGGUGAUGUUGCCAUCCUGCCCUCUCUCCCUUCCCUAGAUAGGACUCCUUGCUCACACCAAAUGCACACAGGUUUCCUUCUCACCUUUCACUAAAAACACACAGGUGCAACAGACUUGAAUGCUAGUUAUACUUGUUUGUGUGUGAUAUUUAUUUUUUCUUCAAACCAUUUUGUUAUUGACUAACAGGCCAAAGAUCCUUCCGGUUGAUUUAAACAAUCAGAAUUAGAACAUGGGAGAUCAUUGGUUGGACCCAAGUUAUUUCCUGCAAAAAGAAAAUAAUCCUUUAUAAAUAUACCAGAAAGUUGUUGUAAUAACUUAUCUGUAAAUUAUGACAUCUCCUCAUGACAACCUCUCCCCCCCAGCUCAAAAGGUUUAAGGAAAAACAAUCAACUGUAAGAUGUUUAAUUCUUACCUGACAUCUGAUAUUAUUAUGUUUAGUUUAGAGCCCUGUGUGUUAUUUCUGAAUUUAGUGCUAUAACUUUCAGGAACUUGUGGAGAAAAUGAGUUUGUUCACUGAACACUAGGGCUUGUUUACUCACUGCUGCAAAUACUGUAUAUUCAGGACUUGAACGAGUUGGUGAGUGCCUAUGGUGGAUCCAAACCGAUCCAGUGUAAGACUACUGAAUGAGUAUCUGCUACCCAAAUGGUGAACCAGUCAGGUGGAACAUCAUGGCUCUUAACUUUUUAAAUGUUAUUGGAAACAUUUAAUUAGUGAGUCAGUUCUAUAUUUUGUUUCCUUCCCUAUCUAAAUUUCCAAGAUGACUUUGGGACUACUUUAACAAGAUCUAAAAUUGCUUUUUAAUUGUAAAAACUGGUGGGGGUGGGAGGGGAAAGACAGUUAUCACUCUGUACAUUCAAUAGAGAUUGAAUAUAUAUGAAAGCUGAAUUUUAAAAAAAAUUGUGCUUUAAAAUGUUAAGUUAUAUGGGGAGCAAGAGCAAACAGGUGCUAAUUCAUUUGGCAAUAGCAUAAGCAGUGUUGGGAUAUUCUAAAAGAACAAAAUAUAGCUAUAUAUGCCAUUGUUGCUUUGGAGUUUUAAUUUUUUUUUUCCACAGAUCUUACACCCUGAAGAUACUAAGGACUUUUUUCUGGUUGUACUUGGAAUUUUCAUUCAUAAAAAUUUUAUAAAUGAUGUUUUAUUUACAAAACUUUCUCUAAAACAGAUCAUAACAGUGUUUAAAGUCUAUUUCUUGUUUGGAUAACAUGGAGCCUAACACGCUGGCUUUAUAGGAUAUUAAUCCAAUAUUUUGACAGUGUUUAUAAACCUUUGUUAUAAAAAUGAAUGUCCUGAACAGAGGGGGUGGGAGGGUAGUUCAAAACAAACAAGAAUGUUUAUGGUAUUUAAAUUUAUAGUUGUUAAAAAUGUCAUCUCAAGUCAAGUCACUGGUCUGUUUGCAUUUGAUACCUUUUUAUACUAACUAGCAUUGUAAAAAUUAUUUCACGAUUAGAAAAUACCUGUGGAUAUUUGUAUAAAAGUGUGAAAUAAAUUUUUUAUGAAAAUGUUCA